UGGGUUGGACCGAACACCCUCUUCUCUUGACCGUGUGACUCAGCGUCUGACCGUGUUUUUCUUUGUUGCGCAAACCUUUACCAAAGCUGUGGUUUGAUUGUGUUUAGGUGCAUUUUAAAAUUGUUUCCCCAAAGCUAGCGCCAUGGACAACUUGGAGAAGCAGCUGAUAUGUCCCAUAUGCUUGGAAAUGUUUACAAAGCCUGUGGUCAUCCUACCCUGCCAGCACAACCUGUGCAGAAAAUGUGCCAAUGAUGUUUUUCAGGCUGCAAACCCAUAUCUCCCAACCAGAAGUGGUUCGCUGACGUCUGGAGGCCGUUUCCGAUGCCCGUCCUGCAGACACGAGGUGGUUCUGGACAGGCAUGGUGUCUACGGCCUGCAGAGAAACCUGCUGGUUGAGAAUAUUAUUGAUAUGUUCAAGCAGGAGUCAAGCAGCAGCAGCGGGCCAACACAGGAGAGGAAGGAAGAAACGCCCAUGUGCGACGUUCACGAGGACGAAAAGAUCAACAUUUACUGUGUAACCCACGCCGUGCCCACAUGUUCGAUGUGUAAGGUGUUCGGAGCCCACAAAGACUGCGAGGUGGCGCCCCUCGGCACUGUCUAUGAGACGAAGAGGUCCGAGCUGAGUGACGGGAUAGCCAUGAUGGUUGGGAACAACGACAGGAUCCAAGGCAUCAUUAGCCAGCUCGAUGAAGCCUGUCGUGUCAUAGAGGAGAACGGUCGGAGGCAGAAGACGAAGGUGUGCGAGAAGUUUGACCAUCUCUACUCCGUGCUGGAGGAGAAGAAGAAGCAGAUGAGUCAGAAAGUGACGGCCGAGCAGGAAGAGAAGGUGAAUUACAUCCAGGGCCUCACAAAGAAUUACGGAGACCAUCUGGAGGAGAGCUGCAAGAUCGUGGAGAGGGGGAUUCAGACUAUGGAGGAGACAGAAAUGGCUCUUUUCCUUCAGAAUGUAAGGGAUCUCCUUAAAAAAAUCGAAGACGCAUCCAGUACGGCACACUUGGACAAAGUUGAGCUCGGCUAUGAGAAAAUGGAUCACUAUAAAGUCGACUUCAGAAGAGAACGCAAGGCUCUCAGCAACCUCAACUUCAUGCCAGACGAUGACGACAAGAAUGAAGAAGGAGGAGACGGAGAGGCGGGAGAAGGUGCACGGACUGUUUCUGGAGGGGCUGCGGUUUCAGCCCCCCCUGCACAGCCCAAUGCCCCCCAGCAAAUAAACCCCUCCCUGAGCCCAACCAGGAGCACUCCUUCCACCUAA